GCAAACAGGAAAGCGGCACAUCUGCGGGAGAAACACACAUCUGGAUUCGCUUUUUGGAGGAGUGAGAAACAUGGAGAACGACAUACAAGUAACAACAUCAUCCAUCCUUUCCACAAUCCCUACGGCCGUCUCCAGGAACAACCUCACCAACGACACCCAGUGUCCGCAUUGGGAAGUGUGGGACUGGUUGUACAUCAUGCAGCCUGCUUACAUGUUCAUCAUCUGUGUGCUGGGAAUCCUGGGAAACGUCUUUGUCCUGCUGGUCUUCGGCCUGCAUAAGAAAGCGUGUACGGUGGCGGAAAUCUACUUGGGGAAUCUGGCGGCUGCCGACCUCCUGUUGGUCUCGUGUUUGCCGUUCUGGGCCAUCAACAUUGCAGAUGGGUUUAACUGGCGAUUCGGCUCGCUCAUGUGCCGACUAGUCAACACAGGCAUCAAAAUGAGCAUGCUUUGCAGUAUUUACUUACUAGUGUUGAUUAGCGGCGACCGCUAUGUCGCACUCGUCCACGCUUUGUCGCGUGGUAGAAUGAGACGACCGCGGUACGCCAAGCUCAACUGCAUCGCCGUCUGGUUUUUCGGAUUAAUCCUCAACUACCCAACGCUUCAUUUCCGGGAUACUCAAUUCAUCCCGGAGCUGAACAUCACGGCUUGUAUUCUGAACUAUCCGAACCCCAACAUUGGCCUCGCUUGCGACAUUCUUCUCAUCUUGCUAGGCUUCAUCGUCCCAUUUUUGGUGAUCUCCUACUGCACUCUGAAGAUCAUCCGAGCUCUGCGCAAGCAGGUCAUCGACCGCUUCAAUGCGGAAAACACUGAAAGGAAAGCCACUGUCCUGGUGCUGGUGGUGCUGAUGGUGUUUCUCUUGUGUUGGGUGCCGUUCCACCUCGUGACCCUCAUGGAUAUCCUGAUGCGCUUCGGUGUCUUCGGCGGAUGUGACUUUUCAUCCAGUCUGGACGUCUCCAAUCAGAUAUUCACCUACUUGGCUUUGAGCAACAGCGUGUUGAACCCGAUACUCUACGUGAUCGUGGGCAAGAACUUCAGGAAGAAAGUCAUAGAGCUGAUGAAGCAGCUUAAGGAGAAUAAAAAUGAUUCGACAAGCGGUUCUACAAGAUCACAGCUCUCCUCAACCUUAAAGACCUUCACAACAUAUUAAGAACAUUAUGUAUUAAAUGUCCAUAGGCACAAAUUAAAAUGAUAAUUUAUAAUGUUUGUUUGAUGUACUAUGCUGUAAAAUGCUAUUUCAGUCUUUCUAUUUCACAUUAAAUUCAAUGUUAUUUUCCGUUUCUUCAUAAUUAUGUCAAAUUUACUAGCACAUAUCGAGUGAAAAUUGUUUGCGUAAAUCCUACAUCAAAU